AUGCGUCGUCCGGGAACGCUGCCCGCGUCGAGCGGUGGUCAUCAUCAUCGCUCCAGUGGAGGAGGAGGUGGAGGAGGAGGCGGUGGCGGUGGCGGUGGUGCAGGAGGAGGAGGCGGGGGUGGUGGGCCAGGUGGAAUGUCAAUCGAGGAGAGCUCAUCGUCCUUGAACGGUACCGGUGAUGAUCGUGCCGUCGCCGGAAGCGGUUCUACCGUUCCCGGUGCUUCCGGUAGCGGCAAUAACGGCAGCACCGGUAGAUCGCAUUAUUCCAAUCUCUCGCUGCGUCGUACGCCACAGCCGCCUCAGCUGCCGUCGAGGGGCAACGAUUGCAUCGAUAGGAUGCACAGCGAGUCGAGGAUUCAGAACGGAAUACCCGGACACCAUCCACCCCCGCCUCUACCCUCGAGGCACCAAUCCACUUGCUCCCAAUCCUCUUAUCCGACGUUGCCCGUUAACGGACACGGAGCUCAUCACUAUCAUCACUAUCCCCGUGAGCGGGACAAGGAUAGAUCGUCGACGCGCGAGAGGAAUAAUCGUGAGAGGGAUGGUGGAGGGCCUCGUGCCGACAAACAUCGUGAGGCACAACUAGAAAUGGAACUUCACGAUGGUCUCGAUGUCGCCGGCAUUGGAACUUAUCGAGCGUAAAUAAUAUGGAACGACGUUCAUUUGAAAGUCUCUUACAAAAUUGACAUCGUUCUUGUGACCGUCGAAUUAAACUGUGGACGGACCUACUGACCGACCGACCGACCGCCCGACCGCCCGACCGCCCGACCGACCGACCGACCGACCGACCGACCGACGAUGUAUUAAAAACUUUUCCAUUGGCCGAUACGACGGACGUUAAGGGACGAUAAUAAUCUCAUUGGGAUUCGCAAGUCUUGCUCCGUUGUUGCCUUGGUGCGCGAUAGACGCGAUCUUGACGUAACACAACUAUGGAAAUGCGCCCGAUCUCGGAGAUACCACGAGUUUCGUGGAUAAUGGGAGUGCCAGGGAAACCCCCUUCGAUCCUCUCUCUCUUUCUCUCUCUCUCUCUCACUUUCUCUCUCUCUCUCUCUCUCUCGCUCUCUCUCGCUCUCUCCUCUCUUCUCUGUCUUCGUCGUGCACAGCUCAACGAAAGAGAAAUUGCACUGAGAAAAACUGCCACAUACUGCCGUUUUAAAUAUUCUACAAAGUUUGCCUCAAAUUCGAAUAUCUACUGAAAAAAAAAAAAAAAAAAAAGGGAAAAAUAAAAGGAGUCAUAUUUUUCCUGCAACUAGCAAUUAAAGAGAAAUCGUAGAUCUUGAAACAAUGAAAGACGAGUAUACGAUAUCGAGUAUCGGGGUAACCAGCACAAGUCGAUCGAGAUCAUAGAUUUGGAACGUCGAUGAUAACUGAAAAAGCUCAGUAAUUCGUAGAUGAUUUUAAGGAGUGAAGUAUCGACAAAAUGAUUCUUAUAAUCUGAAUCAUAAGAAAGUGAAAAAUCGAUCCACCGAUUGAUGCUUCGACGAGAAUAUAGAAAAUGAGAAAGAGAGAAAAGAGAGAGACAUGAGGGAGAGAGAUAGUGAGAAAGGGAGAGAAAGAGAGAGGAAGAGAGAGAGAGAGAGAGAGAGAGAGAGAGAGAGAGAGAGAUCUUCAUCCGUAGGCGUAACAUGCGUGUCUUUAGGAUAGGGUUUAGGGUCUCGAAAACAAGGCCGACGAUGCGUUUUCUCUCGCGUUUCGGCUUCUAACGUGUAGGAUCGACGUCUGUAUCAUAAAAAAGGGACAAAAAGAGGGACGAUCGUCCCUUCUUCACUAUAAUAGCGCAUCGCAAUUAUAUACAUACAUAUAAAUAUACAUGUAUACAUAAAUAUAUAUAUAUAUAUAUAUAUAUAUAUAUAUAUAUAUAUAUUCUAAGCGGUCGAAUUAUUUUCUAAAUAAAAACACCAAUGUAUAGAGGUACGACGGAGAAUGUUAGUGCGGCUAGUGUUCGCGACGUAAUAUGAGGGGGAUGUACUUUAAAAACUUUGGAUACGUUUUUGCCAAAAUGAACUCAAAGGAUAUUUAAAAAAAUAUAUAUUAAUGAUAAUAAUUAAAGACAAAAAAAUGAAUAAACGAAGAAAUAAAAUCAAAUGUUCAAACGGCAAAAAUACGUAUACCAAUCAUUUACCUUCUGUCCCUCGAUCGAAAUCGAGUAUCGAAAUAAAGAAAAAAGAGAGAGAGAGAGAGAGAAGAAAUAAAUAAAUGAAUGAAUAAAAGAAGCUUGGUACAGAAGGGAUAUUUAUCAAAAUGAUGGAAAAAUGUUCGAGAAAGUGAAUAAAAUACGCUCGUCGAAUUUUAUUACACGACACUUCUUUCCUUUUAGUGCUCGUUGUACGAUGGCCUAUAUGGCGUUGAUCUGGAGAAAAAAAUUCUGUUCAAAAUUGAUCUAUAAAUAAUAAGCGCAAAUUUUUAUAUAGUUAUAUUAUAUUAUAUUAUAUAUAUAUAUAUAUAUAUAUAUAUAUAUAACUAUACAAAAAUAUAUAUGUAUAGGUAUGUAUUUUAUUCGUCUUAUUUAUUUUGUGAAACGGACGACCUUUUUCUUUGCAUCGAAAUUGCAGCUGAGACGAUUAAAUCGAUCGUUUCUCAAGUCAUAUCAAUAAUAAAAUAGAAUUCGUAUUAAUCGUUCCGCGUCUAGUAAAUGAAAUGAAAUAAAUAAAUAAAAAAAAAAAAA